CUCCACGAUUGGUGGGACCCCAGUCCGUCAACAAGGUCGCCGAAAAGAUUACAAUUUCCAACCCUUCGGGGCUGCCCUCGGCCCCCGAGGGAGCCCGCCGCUGGGGCUGGCGGAGCUGUCGGGGCGCCGCUCGGCCCCCGCUGCGGUGAGCUGCUGGAGCUGCUGGCGCGCGCACGGCGCGUUGCGCUGCUGGCCUCGGCGGCCUACGCGGCGGCAGCCCCCGCCCUCCUCGCCGCGCUUGAGGCGCGCGGCUGUACGGUGCUCGCCGGCCUGGAAGGCCCCGGGGCCCCGCCCGGCUCGGGCCGCGCC